AUGGCACCGGAGUCAAAGGACGAACGCGACAAGAGAGUUGCUAAACUCUGGGAAACACUGGAUACUCGGCGAGAAGGACACAUCGACCUACAUGGCUUGAAGAAAGGUCUCAAAAAAAUCGACCAUCAAUUCCGCGCAUUUCUCAACCACACCGAGGACGGCCUAUGGAAGAUGUUCCAGAGCAUCGAUCGCAACCACAACGGAGAAAUCGACAAGGCGGAACUGCGGAACGCAUUUUCAAGUUCUGGGGUCACGGUCUCUGGGGCCAAGCUCGACCGGUUUUUCGCCGAGGUGGAUAAGAACAAUGACGGGGUGAUUUCUUACACCGAGUGGAGAGAUUUUCUCCUGUUCCUACCCCUCCAUUCCCCGACCGACCUCCACGCAGUCCUCUCAUACUACACGGCCACGGGUAAUCUAAACCCGGAAGGAGAUGUCCACAUCAAUGACCUGCAGGGUUUAGGUACAGACCAUCCGUUUCUUAGACCUCUUUUGGCCAUCCAGCACCUCAUGUACAACAUUAUAUCACUCCCCGUCUUGGCCUUACUCCUUCCUUCAGCCCACGCGGAAGCCAUCCAGAUCUCAAAAUUGGGUCCUGUCCUCGAGAAUGACCAUGUCUCGUUAGACGGCGACUUCGAAAUGGAGUGGUUGACCGUCCCCCAGACUACCGCCAUGCGGAUGUUUUUCCGAUAUUAUGGACGGAAGUUGACCGAAAAUACCCCUCAAUUAGGCUACUUCUUCGCCGGUGGAAUCGCGGGCGCUGUGUCUAGGACGGCUACUGCACCGCUCGAUCGUCUCAAAGUAUACCUGAUUGCCCAAACCGGGGUGAAAGAAUCAACCGUUCGUGCGGCGAAAGAGGGGGCCCCACUUGCUGCUGCAGGCAAUGCUUCCAAAACACUGUUCGAUGCGCUCAAGGAAUUAUGGCGUGCUGGUGGAAUCCGGAGUCUGUUCGCAGGCAACGGAUUGAAUGUGGUAAAAGUUAUGCCCGAAUCAGCCAUCAAAUUUGGUGCCUACGAGUCCGCCAAACGGAUGUUUGCCCGGCUCGAGGGACACAAUGACCCCAAAAGGCUUCUUCCUACUUCCCAAUUCAUGUCAGGUGGCUUUGGUGGAAUGGUUGCACAAUGCUUUGUCUAUCCGCUCGACACCCUCAAGUUUCGUAUGCAAUGCGAGACAGUCAAAGGCGGCCCGAAAGGGAACCAAUUGAUCGCAGCCACCGCGAAGAAGGUGUGGAACAAGAACGGUAUCCUAGGCUUUUUCCGAGGCCUCCCUCUCGGUCUUGUGGGCAUGUUCCCAUAUGCAGCAAUCGAUCUAUCAACAUUCGAAUACCUCAAACGCACCCUGCUUGCAAAAAAGGCUCGUGAGCACGGCUGCCAUGAGGAUGAUGUUCCCCUCGGAAACUUUGCGACAGGCGCCAUCGGUGCGACAAGCGGAGGAUUCAGUGCUUCCAUCGUCUACCCCCUCAAUGUUCUCCGCACUCGACUCCAAACUCAGGGUACCUUCAUGCAUCCGCCUACAUACACAGGCAUCGGCGAAGUUCUCAGCACUACUUUGAAAGCCGAGGGGCUACGAGGCCUCUACAAAGGUCUCACGCCCAACCUGUUGAAGGUGGCCCCGGCCAUGUCAAUCAGUUACGUGGUAUAUGAGAAUGCGAAGCGCACUCUUGGUCUCCGCUGA